GAAAUUGCCGAUAGUAAGAUGCAUCUCGACCUGCGAAGGAUAUGGACCAGCUGGCCGCGACCCUCACUGGUUCGCUUCGGGCCACGUCGCCGCCGAUCAGCUUCCGUUUAUAGGCCGUCAACAACACAUUGCUUCAAGGAUCGUAGCAGGAAUCCUAUCGCAGCUCCGGUAGCAAAUGUUGCUUCAAAUCCAGCACAUCCAUCCUUUCCCCGCUUCGCACCGGACUCGGAGGAUAGAUGAUUCAAACACUCGGAAGUCGUCUCCGCCGCGCGCGGCGCUUCCUUCGAGGACCAAGAAAAUCAUGGAAAAGAUUUCAUCAAGUAAUGAAGUUGGUGGUGCUGGAGGAGCUUACUCGUAUGAUGCUUUGAAGAGACUAGACCAAGCAUGGACAAGUCUCUUUUCAACAUCACUAGAAGAAGAAAAGGUUCCUGAAGUUGUUUCACGUGUUCCUGGUUCAUCUAUGAUUUUAGAUAUGGAGGAACAUGCUGGACGUGCUUUUGAUGUUUUAGUCUGUGGUGGUACACUCGGAAUAUUUGUUGCUACUGCACUCAUUUCCAGAGGUGUUAGUGUAGCGAUAGUUGAAAGAAAUCUGAUUAAAGGGAGAGAACAAGAGUGGAAUAUUUCAAGAAAAGAGCUCCUUGAACUUGUAGAUGUUGGCAUUCUCUCAAAAGAAGAAAUUGAGAAUAUUGUUGCUGUUGAGUUUAACCCUAAUAGAUGCGGUUUUGAGAAGAAAGGUGAUAUUUGGACUGAGGAUAUUCUUAAUCUUGGAGUUUCGCCAGCUAAACUUAUCGAGACUGUGAAAAGGCGCUUUAUAUCCUUAGGUGGUGUAGUUUUUGAAGGAAAAGCUAUAUGCGGAAUACACAUCUAUGAUGAUGCCGCCAUUGUCCACCUAACAAAUGGUGAUAGCUUAUAUUCUCGUCUUAUUAUUGAUUCAAUGGGCAACUUUUCCCCAAUAGUAAAACAAAUCAGGUCUUGCAGAAAACCAGAUGGUGUAUGUCUUGUUGUUGGUUCUUGCUCACGUGGUUUUGAUGAGAACACUUCAAGUGAUAUUAUUUUCUCUUGUUCAUCUUCAAAGAAAAUUGAAGAUACUCAACUGCAGUACUUUUGGGAGGCAUUUCCUGCUGGUUCUGGUCCCACGGAUCGAACUACUUAUUUGUUCACUUAUGUUCAAGCAAAACCUGGAUCCCCAAAGUUAGAAGACCUUUUUGAAGAUUAUUGGGAUCUUUUGCCAUCUUAUCAGGGUGUACCUAUAGAGAGAUUGGAGAUACUAAGGGUUAUAUACGGGAUCUUUCCUACAUAUCGUGACAGCCCCUUGCCUGCAGCUUUUGAUCGCAUAUUACAGGUUGGUGAUGCCAGUGGUAUUCAAUCACCGGUGUCUUUUGGUGGUUUUGGAAGUAUGAGCAGGCACCUUAACCGGUUGUCAAAUGGUAUAUGUGAUGCAGUGACGGGAAAUUUCCUCGAUGCAUAUAAUUUGAGUAUGCUAAACCCUUACAUGCCGAACUUAAGUGCAUCAUGGCUGUUCCAAAGAGCAAUGUCAGCAAAAGAUCAUACUGAGGUCUCACCAACUUUUAUCAAUGAACUUUUAUAUCUCAAUUUCCAAACUAUGCAGAAACUUGGGGACGCAGUGAUUAGACCCUUUCUACAGGAUGUGAUACAAUUUGAACCUCUUGUGAAGACCUUAGGUUCUGUGAUGCUAACCCAACCCCAAAUAUUGCCUUCCAUAUUCAAGCAGGUUGGACUGGAGGUGAUACUCGACUGGUCUCUUCAUUUUUUUAUGCUCGGCUUGUACACGUUUCUCGCAAGCUACAUUGAUCCUGUUGUUAGGCCAUGGAUAAAGUAUCUCCCAAAGAGGGGCAAAUACACAUGGAAUCGGCGUUUAGAAGCAUGGAAAUAUGGGUCCGGUUUAGAUUACAAACAAAUUAAUUAAUUAAAAUUCAUGAAAGACAAAUUUUGUUUGUAUGGUAAGUUAACUUCCAAAAGAAUAUUUUAGCUUAAGUUGUCAUUAUAGUAAAACCUAUGUUUAUAGCA